CUUUCCUUUCCGAUUUUUCGAAGGUUAUUUCUGUAGGGGGUCCUGGCUGUGUCGCCCGGCGGUCACCAUGGUGAAGCUGAGCAAAGAGGCCAAACAGAGGUUGCAGCAGCUCUUCAAGGGCGGCCAGUUUGCCAUCCGUUGGGGCUUUAUUCCUCUCGUGAUUUAUCUGGGAUUUAAGAGGGGUGCAGAUCCUGGAAUGCCUGAGCCAACUGUUUUGAGAGCCAACAAAUUGGAUUUGGGAGUUUGGCUCCUCAGUGGCUGGAAUGUUUGGGCUUGCUUUGGGGUUAAAAGGCUAUUUGGUCAUCUGGAUUUGGAAGCAAUCAGUGGACAGGAACAGCAUGGAAGAAUUUGUGCUCUGGCUGCAGUAAGAGAUGGGACAUCCUUCAGAUGGUCACCAUUUGGAUAGCACAGAUGCAUCUGGCAGCGUGGAACCUCUACUGACUUAUUUAUAAUAGAAUGUAUUAAAUAAAUAUUUUUAACAAAUGUUGUGUCAAGCCCUUUUUCAACUGAACAUGUAAGGAUUGUGUGGUAAUAAUUAAUGGUAAUUUUUCAAAGCAGGAAAACUGUUAUUUACCUAGAUGAUAUUAAAAAUAAAAAAAUUUCAAGUUAA